AUGCAUCACCACCGGCUUCUGAGCUUAGUCUCAGUCCUAGGCCUAGCUACAUCAACAGCGCUCGCCGCGCUACAAAUCGUUCCUGGAGGAACUUGGACGGCCUCAAACGGCGACCACCUCAACGCCCACGGCGCCGGGGUAAUCCGCGUCAACUCGACCUUCUACCUAAUCGGCGAAGACAAAUCCCAAGGCUCCUCCUUUUUCGGGGUGAACUGUUAUUCAUCUGUCGACCUAGUGCAAUGGAAGUACGAAGGCGCCUUACUCUCCCGCACUAGUUCAUCAGGCGACCUGGGGCCGAACAGGAUUAUUGAACGACCCAAGGUCAUCUAUAAUAACCAGACAAAGAAGUUUGUGAUGUGGAUGCAUGUGGAUAGCAGCAAUUAUGGGGAUGCAAAAGUCGGAGUGGCGACGAGCGAUACUGUCUGCGGCAAGUAUAACUACGUCAACUCGUUUAGACCGUUGGGGUUCGAGUCGAGGGAUAUGGGACUUUUUAAGGAUGAUGAUGGGAAGGGGUACUUACUUACUGAGGACCGUAAAAACGGCCUCCGCAUCAACCCCCUUUCCCCCGAUUACCUCUCCCUCUCAGGCAGCACCUCAACGCACCUCUUCCCACAAGCAAUCGAAUCCCCCGCCCUCCUCAAGCUUUCCAACCGGUAUUACAUGUUCGGCUCCCACUUGACGGGGUGGGACCCCAACGAUAACGUCUACGCCACCGCCACUUCUCUCGCGGGGCCCUGGUCCGAUUGGCAGAUUUUCGCCGACAAGGGAAGUAACACGUACGCUUCACAGACUACUUAUGUCUUGAACUAUGGCGACGGAAACGACGGAAAAAAGGUGAUGUACAUGGGUGACCGUUGGCGCUCUAAAAAUUUGCGGACGAGCAGCUAUAUCUGGUUGCCGCUGGAGAUCAGCGGGACGAAGGUGACGAUGAAGAAUCGGGGGAGUUGGGUACCUAAUGCUUCUUCUUCACAAACAGGAGGAGGAGGGACAUGGCAAACUAGUCCAGCUGAAACGAGCUAUGAAGGAGAAAAAGGCAGUUACGCAGGGGGAGCGAAGGAAGUUUCUUGCGGAAAGUGUUCGGAGGGAAAGGCGGCGGGGUAUAUCGGCGGCAGUGGCAGUGGCACUGGUGGUACGAACGGGAGUAUCACCAUCUCGAAUGUUCAGAGUAAUAUGAAUGGGGGAGAAGGCGGGGUGACGACGUUGCAGAUUAGGUAUGUCAACGGCGAUACCGGGCCUAGGUACGCGGGUGUUAGUGUUAAUGGCGGGGAGAAGGUGAAAGUGGCGUUUGAAGGCACGGCGGGUGAGGUUAGGGUUAGUAGUGUGGUGGUUAAGGGACUGAGGCAGGGGAGUGGAAACACGAUUGUGGUGAGCGGAUGGGAGGGAGGAGGUUGGGGGCCGGAUGUUGAUCGGGUUGUUGUGCCUGUUCAGUAG